AUGUCAGGUGUUGGUUGGGCUGCCGGUGGCGUUCGGAAAAGGCAGACGCGGCUAAAGCCAGAUCCCGGCCAGACGUCGAUUCCGGGUCCCGGUUGCCUCGGUGCCGCGGGUGGCCUAUCCUUGGGCCUUGUUGCCGGCCGCUUCUCGCCCGUCCAGCUGCCCUCGUCUCCAGCCGGCCUGACAAACGCCAGUACGCCCACCCCAAUGCUGACCGGCCUGACGCCGGUUCCGCCGCCGGCCGGCCUGCCCUUGUCACAGCAACCCCUACAGAUGGGUUUGGUCGUCACGACGACGUCGACGACGAUGACCACGACGACACAGUUCUCGCAGAGUCAACUGCCGGUGUCCUGGUUGAACGGCCCGGCCGUGUGUGGGCCCGGCCUGAGCAACAGCAUUGGCUCGAGCCCGAUGCUGUGUUCUGUUGCCGGGUCCACCUGGACGCCGACACUGCCGCCCGGCCCGGGGCCGUCGAAGAACCGGCCCUCUCCUCUGAUCACUGGCCUCGGAGGGGCGGGACUCGGAUGUGGCAUCGCGGGAAAUGUGAGCAGCCGGAAAGUAGGGCCCAAAAGGGCUGACGGACACUUGAACCGGCAGUUGGGGACAAACAGACUCUGUUGA